AUGCAUCAAUGUCGCACUUUAUACUGUAUCAAUAUCGUACUCUAUUCGAUGCACUUUACAAUGUACAAUACCGUACUCCGUUCUAUUGGUGUUGAACUCUAUGCCGUAUCAAUAUCGUACUUUAUUCCACUAAUAAUGUUGAUUUUCAACCGAAACAUUCUAUUAAUAUCGCACUUUACUACAACAAUACCGUACUCUGUUCUGUCAAUGUUGAACUUUACAGUAACAAUACCGUAUUCAGUCCCAUCAGUGUUGCACAUCAUACCGCAACAUUCUACUCAUGCUGCAUCUCACCGUAACAGUACCGUACUCCGUUCCUUUAAUGUUGCACAUCAUGCCGUAACAUUCUACUAUUGUUCUUACUGUAACAAUACUGUACUCCGUCCCAUCAUUGUUGUACUUUGCUCCAUAACAUUCUGCUGA